AUGAUUGAUCGGAUGGCGUCGAUGAGGGAUAGUGUCGUGGAGCAGAUGAGGUCGCAUGUUCAGAGUCAACAGCAACCUCACCAACAGCAAUGGCAUCGAGAUGAUAACAACAAUACCUACACCAUGCCCAGAGAUGACUCCGAGUCCCAGGAUCUUGAUACUGAGAGCGAGGAAGAGGAGAGGGAGCAGGAAGAGGAGGAUGAGGAGCAGGGAGAGGAGGAUGAGGAGCAGGGAGAGGAGGACGAGGAGCAGGGAGAGGAGGAUGAGGAUAUGGACUUGGAUGAGCAUGAGCAUGAGCAUGAGCAUGAGGACGAUCGGCACAACUAUGGACAAUCUCAAGCGCUUGACGUUUAUGGCCAGCGACAGUACUAUGCCCAGGUCUCGUCUGGUCGAUCCUUUUCGUUGAAUGACACUCCACCUGUGGCCAGGGGUCAGAUCUAUGCGUCUCCUCAGGGAUCGUCUCCAUCCUCUCAGCAACAGCAACAGCAACAACAGCCGAGCCAUCGUCACCCACAGCAGCUCCCAUCCUCUCGGCGAAUUAUUCUCCCACCCCAGGAGAUGCCACCCCUGCCCUGGUCUCGCCAGCCAUCCGUCUCUUCUGGCCACUCCUCUCACCCAUCACGGUCUCAAAACCAACGACACCCUCAAGAGAUGAAUCGACGUGACAGCAGCUACCGCCAGCAACAGCUGGUCAUACCAGAGUAUCAGUCAUUCAACAGUUCUCGACAACAGCAAGGUGGGCGACAGAGUAUGUCAGAGGGCACAAUGACCGUUGAAACGCCAAGCCAACAGCAGCAGCGACCUGCGUUCUUGAGUCAACCCGUCUAUCAGCUGGCCUGCGCUGCCUGUAUCCGUCCACUGUGCCUGCGUGCCAUGAAGGCUGUGAUGUUGAGCGACUAUUCCAAGGAGUUGUACUCGACUGAUAUGCCGCCUGCAGGUCUGCAGCUUGUCAAUGAUGAUCGUCAAGUCCGUCAUUGUGCCUGCCGUAUUCGUGACAGCGCCUGCCUUGGCUGUGGUCAAGUGGCGGGAUACCAUGUCACGCAACCGUGCUCAGACUGCCUCAAGGACCAGAACAAUGGUCAUUUUUGGAUGUUUUACUCCUCUGCCGUCGUCCACUACAAGCGCCUCCGUGUCGAUGGACAUGUGGGAGAUGUGAUGCUGUGGGCGAACGUGCCAUCGAUCAACUUCGACCAAGUCCUGGCCCAACAACUGCGUCGCGAAGUUCCCAACCUUAAGAUGGAGGAAUGGCUCAACUCCCCCAGGGCUGAAGUCGUCUGUCGCUAG